CAGGAUGGUGGUGAUCGGGUCCGGAUCUGCGACUGGCAGUUCACGGCUGGUAGUCAGCGCAUAGUCAGUCAGUCAUUCAGUCGGUCGGUUGUAGUCGGUUGGUGGUUGAAGUUGCUUUGCGUAUAUGCGAUGCCACAACAUGUUGCCGUACGUUACGGUUCGCACGAGUUUUAUCCGUGCCAUUUGACUUCGCGUUAACGCAUACAUUUCGCGAUUUUUCAUGCGCUCGUUCGUUGGUUCUGCGCAGUGGGGUAGAUCGACGAAAGUGCGAGUGCCCGUAAGGUCAGUGUGUGCACAAGGACCGAUCCUUUCUUCCGUCAGGAACCGGUGAUAAAGUGAGAGGCCCGCGCGACCUUGAGGAGGAUCUCGAAGAAGACCUCCGCGAAGAGGUUUCUCCGCCUGGAAUAGAACCGAAACGCAACCACGGAUGGUUAACGACGUAAUGAGCGAGUACGAACGAAUCAAGCGUUCGUGCUUGAAACGAGGUGAACUUUGGGAGGAUCCCGAAUUUCCAGCCACGCAAACGUCGGUCUUCUAUCACCAGACACCCCCGUUUCAAUUCCAAUGGAAAAGACCAAAGGAACUAUGCAAUCGCCCAAUAUUCGUGAGCGACACCCCAGCCCAAUUCGACGUGAUACCUGGGAAAAUGGGCGACAAGUGGCUGGUCUCGUGCCUGGGCGUUCUCCAUCUGAGCAAAGGACUCUUCUACAGAGUGGUACCAGCUGACCAAGGCUUCGGAAGCAGCGGAGAACCGCCAGGAUCGCCGACUGCCGAAUACGCCGGAGUGUUCAGGUUUCGAUUAUGGUGGUGCGGUGCAUGGGUCGAAGUUCUGGUCGACGACAGGCUCCCGGCAAUUCACGGACGGUUGGCUUUCGUGCAGAGCCGACACAGUGAUCAAUUCUGGCCGGCUCUUCUGGAGAAAGCGUACGCCAAGCUCCACGGAUCGUACGAGGCGCUCAAAUACGGCACCCUCUUGGACGGUUUGUCCGACCUCACCGGGGGAAUCACCGAGAGCAUCGCGAUUCGCCAGGAUCCCACGGCUUGCGGUAGAGCCCUCGCGAAACUCCUCGAUAUGACGUCCCUGAUCACGUGUACAGUAAACAACAAUCAACAACAGGUUCGAGCCAGUACAGAAAAGUUAGCCAACGGUAUUCAGAUGGGCAUCAACUACAGGCUCUACGCUAUCGAAAGGGUGGAGACGUUCAGUGGCGAGGCGGUCCAGUUAGUAAAAUUAAGAAAUCCUCUUGGUCCUGGUGGGGAGUACGUCGGUGCUUGGGCAAGAGGUGGCCUCGAAUGGGACGAAGUACCGCCGAUGGAAAGGGAACGUUUAGCGGUCAGAAACAUGGCCGAGGGCGAAUUCUGGAUAUCCUAUUCGGACUUCGUGAAAACGUUCACUCACCUGGAAGUCGUACAUCUUGAUGCCGAGACGUCGAGGGAUGAGCCAUCGUUGCAUAGCAAACAUACCUGGCAAAUGAAACUCUAUCAAGGCAGUUGGAGGAGAGGCGUUACCGCGGGUGGAUGUCGAAACAAUCAAGAAACCUUUCACAUUAAUCCGCAACUGCAUCUGAUCCUCAGUGAAAUGGAAGAAGUGAUCGUUUCGUUGAACCAGCACUCUAUCAUGGAGCCAAAAGUAAUAGGUUUCACGGCGUAUACCUUGCCGAAGAAUAACACGGAAUCGAUAAACAAACAGUUCUUUAAAAAGAACAAGUCCUUGGUGAACUCGCAAUACACGAACAGUCGACAAGUGAGCCACAGAUGCCAGUUAGAGCAGGGUGGUUACGUAUUAGUACCCACUACCUUCGAACCGACUCAGGAAACCAGUUUCACGUUGCGAGUCUAUAGCAGUAAGCCUUUAAAACUCAAACUACUCGAUACACCGCCGUCCUUAAUGAAAUCGGCCAUCGUCAAAGCACCGCCCCUCGAAGGCAAAGGUUUCUCGCAGUAUGAAGCUGUAUUCUUGCAGCUUGCCGAUGAACACAGAACCGUGAAUGCUUUUGAAUUGCAGGAGCUUCUAGAGGCCUGUUUACCGAACGACUACAUUAAGAGCUGCGCCUGCAUGGAAGUAUGUCGACAAGUAGUUCUUACGAUGGAUAGCUCCGGAAGCGGUCGAUUGAAAUUUAACGACUUCAAAGAUCUCAUGUGCAGCUUGAAAUAUUGGCAAGCCGCGUUUAAGAAUCACACGAAGGAGAAGACUGGUAUCCUUAAAGCUGAACGAUUACGGGACGCACUGCUGGAAGUUGGAUUUCAGUUGAACACGGACGUGCUUUCAAUUUUAAUUCUUCGAUACAUGAGGAAAGAUGGGACACUCAGAUUCGGCGAUUUUGUCUCGUCGAUAUUACACCUAAGCGAUGCAUUCGGCAUAUUCGAGAGUAAAGAUCCUUUACAAAAUGGAACAAUAAAAUUAAGCCUAGCAGAGUGGCUAAGAUCAUCCUUGAUGUGUUGAAUCCAUUGUUCGUCGUAAUAUGUGUACCUUGAAACAAACAUCUGUAAAUAAUGUGUUUUGUAUCGUAUCUAGGCUUAAGUUUUAGCCAUAUUAACGGUUAACAAUCAAACCCAUCUUUCUUGCUGUUUGUAAAAUAAUAUCAUUAUUACCUCCAUUAGUGAUCAUCAUUCCUUCAUCUGAUUAAACAUUAUAAAUGAUUAUGUAUAAUAUGUUGUUUGUAUAAGAAAUUCGUACUGGAUAAUAAAGUUAAGUUUAUUUUGUACAGUCCCUUUAUCCAAAAG